AUGAGCAGUACCAAUCCCCCUUCCGCGACCAGCCAUGUUGCCAUCACACGCCAUCCGCUGGAGCAUGGAUGCGGGCUCUCUGAAUGGCGGUCCAGAUGCAGAGGAACUGACUCCAGGAGUUUAAAAAAGGGGCUUCUUCAGGUCAGACAUCAUGUUUCAGAAUCUCUGGGCCAGCGCUGCGCCACCGGCAUCAGCUUCUUCAUCCCCUUCUGCCGCCUCUGCCCGAUGUCGACGACGGUGCAGGAGCCGCCGCACGUCCUGGCCGUGGACGACAGCCUCGUCGACCGCGUCGUCAUCUCCAGGCUCCUCCGCAGCUCCAAGUACAGAGUGACGACGGUGGACAGCGGGAAGAAGGCGCUGGAGGUGCUGAGCCUGGGCCACGAGAGCGUGCAGCUGAUCAUCACGGACUACUGCAUGCCGGAGAUGACCGGCUACGACCUGCUCAAGCGGGUCAAGGAGUCGGCGGAGCUGCGCGGCAUCCCGGUGGUGAUCAUGUCGUCGGAGAACUCCCCCACCAGGAUCCGCCGGUGCCUCGACGAGGGCGCGGAGGAGUUCCUCAUCAAGCCCGUGCGCCCCUCCGACGUCUCCCGCCUCUGCAACCGGGCCAUCGCCGCCAUGCCCAUGCGGUAG